AUGACGUCCUUCCCAGACUACUUGUCUGAUGCGCUGUUCAGUUAUGGCAUAGAUACGGUUUUUGGAAUAGUAGGCAUCCCGAUCGUAGAGCUGGCGGACACCAUGAUUUUAAAGGGUAAAAUAAAGUUCAUUGGGUUCAGGAACGAACAAGCGGCAUCUUACGCAGCUUCAGCAUACGGGUACCUGACUGGAAAGCCCGGGGUUCUGUUAGUCGUAGGAGGCCCGGGUGUUGUACAUGCGCUGGCCGGCAUCUACAAUUCGAUUUCAAACAAGUGGCCGUUAUUGGUCAUUGCGGGUAGCAGCGAAGACACAAAUCGCGGUGGUUUUCAAGAACUCGAUCAGAUUGCACUUUUAAGUCGCUAUGUGAAGUUCAGUUCCCGCUUGAAUAUACACACCGUAGAAGAGAAGCUCUACAAUGCCUUACGCCAGGCGCAAUUGGGCACGCCCGGAGUUUCGUAUUUGGACGUACCUGGAAACCUAAUUAAUCAGAAUAUGGAUAUGAGCUCUAUCAAGCCACCCAUAAGCUUAAGCGCGGUCAAAUUCCAACCAACUGACUUCGAUUUGGAUCGAGUUGCGAGAUUGAUUUUAUCCCACGAGUCGAAGAGCAUUCUGUGCGUGAUUGGCAAAGGCGCUACUUCCAGCACACAAGAAGUUCGAAAAUUCAUUAACAAGUUCCAGCUUCCUUUCUUACCAACUCCUAUGGCCAAAGGCGUGGUACCAGAUUCUCACUCAUCAAAUGUUUCCUCUGCAAGAUCACUAGCACUGCGUUCCGCAGACUUGGUGCUUGUUCUCGGUGCACGUCUGAACUGGAUUUUGCAUUUUGGAGACUCUCCCAAGUGGAAGGAGAGCGCAGUAUUUGUUCAAGUAGAUACUACACCCGAGGAACUCGGUCACAACAACGCAUCAGGAACUUCCUAUUCACUAUGUGGAGAUAUAGGUCAGACUCUCAAUAAACUGACUCCUCUUUUGAGGGCAUUUAGGUAUGCUGGCGUAUCACAAGAGCUUUUAAAAGGGAUACAAACCAACGAGAAACGAUUGAGAGUCAAAGAAACUAAGGUCGGUCCUCUGCUCAAUUACAACUGCGUGUACGCAGCAGUGAGGCGUCAUAUUGUGGAUAAAGAAACUGUAAUUGUAAGCGAAGGAGCAAACACCAUGGAUGUUGCAAGAAUAUCGUUUCCCACAGAAUAUCCUAAACAAAGGUUAGAUGCAGGAACCAAUGCGACGAUGGGCGUGGGAAUAGGUUACGCAAUCGCUGCGAAGUUAGCUAACCCUUCGAAAAGUGUGCUGUGUAUACAAGGUGAUUCAGCCUUUGGGUUUUCGGGCAUGGAGCUUGAGACUGCCUCUCGAUACCGAAUCGGGAUGGUUGUAUUAGUGAUGAACAACAGCGGCAUUUACCACGGCGAGGAGAAGGAUCUCAAAACCUUGGCUUCCACAGCUUUAACACGAGAAUGCCGUUACGAUCUAGUAGCUGAGGGGCUCGGGUGUUGUGGUUUUCUCGCUCGGACUAUUGCUGACGUGGAGCACUUCUUCCAGAAAGCUUUGAAAAUUGCCGCUACGGGUCAACCUGCUUUGCUGAACGUGAUCAUCGAACCUGGACCUCAAGGCAAGCUUUCGUUUGGCUGGCAAAAUAAGUCAAAGUUGUAA